AUGCUCGACACAGGUGCUUCCGACGUGUCAACCGCUGGCCUAGACCAAUUCCAUGCCUGGCAGCGCGAAGACCACUGCGCUACCCUCGAUACCACCCGCGCAGGCCAGACAGGCAUCUCCUUUGGAGAUGGACCCCGGAUUGUGUCUACCAACGAAGUCGUCCGCGAUGACAUUCGCGUUCCCGCAGUACGUAAAUGGGGCCACGCAUGGUUCCAUCUAGCUAGACUCCACCGACUGCUUAGGUGUGCCGGGCAUGAUGAUAUUGAUGAGCAGUCAAUCCGUGAGAUCACGAGGAUGUGCCACCACUGUCAAAUCAACGGCACCUCCCCCCAACGCUUCAGGUUUACCCUUAGAGACGACCGCGAGUUCAAUUUCGAGAUAACCGCGGAUGUAGUCCAAAUAGGCGGAAAGCCUGUGCUACACGUGAUCGACGAAGCCACAGCGUUCCAAGGCGCCAGGCAGGUACCUAUCGAAGCCCACAACUCGAUUGGAAAGGUAGAAAAGGCACACGGCCCCCUCCGCCGCGCCUACGAUAUCCUCCAAGCAGAGUUGGUCAAUGACACAGCCGGCCCGGAUGGCCUUGUCCCUACCCUCCUCGUCUUCGGCGCAUACCCACGAAUCAACCACGAUUCACCGCCCUCUCCCCCUAUGAUCAAGCGCGCAGAGGCUAUUCGGAAAGCCAUGGCAGCUCUGCACCGUGCUGCCGCUGCCCGUCAGAGCUUCCUGCAGAGCGAGGUCCUCGUGUGGAGAGAGGCUGACGGCUGGACCGGCCCGUGGAUCGUUAUCGGCAAUAACGGCCACGAAAUAACAAUCAAUCAUGUCAAUGGCCCCCGCAACUUCAGGAUCACAGAGGUCAAGAAAUACCACCGUGAUCCUCAGGCCCUCAUCACAACCCCACGACGACUCGCAGCCAAAUCCCGACGAGUCGACCCCAAUGCACCCCCUAACCCCGAUCAAGAUGAUGCCCCUGCCCCUGUGCUCCUACCUGAACAACGCCGACGAGGACGCCCCAAAGGCUCCAAGAACAAGCCCAAGACCGGCGUAGCCAACCUGUCAAAGAAGGAAGUUAAUCACUAUGAUCACGCUUCCGAUACCCAAGAGAUUAACAACCUAAUCGCACAGGGUGUGUUUGAGUUCAUUCGUUUCGACCCCGUGGCCCACAAAGGCCAAAGACUCUUUAAAGCACGCAUGGUCCGCGAAGUUAAAGGACUCGGACCAACCACAAGGCCCUACGAGAAAUCCCGUCUCUCCAAAACCCCCCUGAAUCCAGAGUCAGGUCUCCAUUGGUUCGUGACAUAUUAUAGGCAUCAUCCCGCCGGCUUCGGCAUGGUCGCUAUGCAGACGGAUGACACCCUCCUCCUCGCCUCCCUGAGUUCGCGGCCGCAGAAGAAAGAGAGAUCCAGAAGGCUAAGCUCCGCUCGAAACCAAGGAGCCAGCUAUCGGCCGCGACUCCUCGAGUUUAAUGACCGACAACCUGCAACGAGGACUCCGCUAUGUUCCUUGGCCUUUUCGACUGCGAAGCUAAUGGUAUUCACGGACGGUUCGUUCGCGAACAACAAAGACCUAAGCUCACAACUGGGCUUUGUUAUUGUGCUCGCCAACGAGGAACAGAGCCCUGCUGAUUUCACGAUCAGAGGCAAUGUCCUGCACUGGUCAUCUACGAAGAGCAAGCGAGUGACCCGGAGCGUGCUAGCCUCGGAGAUCUACGGCAUGGUCCAAGGUUUCGAUAUGGCCAUUGUCAUCGCGACCACCCUGCAGGCUAUUGUCAAGCAGCUGGACCUACCCCCGACUCCCCUCAUUGUCUGCACCGACUCAUACUCGCUAUACGAAUGCCUCGUAAAGCUCGGGACCACGAAAGAGAAGCGACUCAUGAUUGAUAUCAUGGCGCUAAGGCAGUCCUACGAGCAGCGCGAGAUGGCAGAGAUCCGUUGGAUCAAUGGGGAUGACAACCCGGCUGAUGCGAUGACCAGCAGCACCCAACCGUGCUUUGGAACGGUUGAUUGA